AUGUCAGCCAGUUUCCAGACGGGUGUCAUGUUUUCGAGGGCGGCAGCAAUUGGCAGAUAUGUCCCUGGCAGCCCUGCUGGAAAUGUCCAGCAGCACCGGCGGCCCUCAGGCUUGGACUUCUGCGGAUCGCCCGCCGUGACCAGUUUCGAGCCCGUCUGCACAAGCGGCACCAGCGAGUGUGUCGAGGAUGAGGUUGGACGGCAGAUCGUGCCUGAGGCACCAACACCAGAACACGACGAGAAUCUCGACGGCUUGCUGGCUGCGCUCCUCGGCCUUCCAGACGAUGAGCUCAAGGCAUGCGUCUCGACGCUCCGCUCGAUCCUCUCCAGGAUCGCCGAGCAGCCCAACGAGCCUAAGUUCCGGCGUUUGCGCAAGCAAAACCCGCGCUUUCAUGCAGAGGUGGGCCGCCACGAGGAGGCCAGGGCUCUCAUGCGACACGCAGGCUUCUGCGAAGAGGCAACAGACGGCUCGGAGGGCGAGAUCUACCUCGUCUUCAAGGGCGACCUGACCGAGCCCUUUAAGCAAGUGCAUGAGGCAGUUCGAGAAGCAGCUUCCAUUGUGGCUCCAGAGGUGCUCGAGCAUCCCACGCCUGAGCCUCGCAGUGCUCCCCCGGCGCGGUGUGCCCAAAGCGAUCACAGUCGACGACAACAUAUCGCCGCCCUGACGGAGCAGAGGUUGAAGGACCCGAGGGGCUUUCGCGAGGAUGCCGUGCGAAGGCGGAAGGCCAACCAUGGCGUAGGCGGCGCUGCCCUGCGCCCGCCCCCAGCGGCCCCAGCGACGCAGGUCGCACGACGUUCCCAGCAUUUCACCCUCACCGACAUCGAGAACCUGCGAACCCAGGAGGCGAUUGCCGGGAUGCCCAGCUACGCAGACGAGUACCAGCGAACUUACCAGGGAAGCCCGGCCACCUCCUACUCCACCUUGGUGUCCAGAAGCUAUGACCCCGAGCUCAUCGCGCGCCAGGCGCUGGAUGGCACGAACCGGUACCGUGCCUCCAAGGGGAUGAUGCCGCUGCAGUGGCAUGACGGCAUUGCCCGCAUUGCACGCGAGCAUGCUCGGCAAAUGGCCAGCGGUGCCAUGCCAUUCAGUCACGAUGGCGUAGACCAGCGGUUCCGAGCUUAUCCGGUGGCUCAUCGGGCAGCAGCAGAAAACCUGGCUCUGAACAACGGCGUUGCCGACGUCGCCAAGGUGGCAGUCGACGGCUGGAUCAAGUCUCCCGGGCACGAAAAGAACCUCCGUGGAACCUUUAACUUAUGCGGCAUUGGAGUUGCACGCGCCUCCAAUGGCACUUUCUACCUCACGCAAUUGUUCGCUCUGCAGAUGUGA